AUCUGGAAUACGCGGCAUGUUUUCAAGCAACUUGGUGGCCAUCUUCUUGCUGGCGUGCUUCGGCCUAGCGCAGGCCUACCCGGCCCUGCUGCCCUAUAUCUACAAUCCCUCGCACGAAGUCCAUGCCGUUAAGCGCAACGAUGCGGUCUUCCCCCAAAUAGAGGACGAUGUCGGCGAGCUGGACCAGCUGCGGAAGGAGCAGGUGGGUGUGAGCAAGCGGCAGCAUGACGGUAGCACCGCCCGCACCAGCACUACUACCAAGGAGAGCGUGGAGGAGGGUGCCGCCGCCCCCGAGCCCCAUCAAAGUGCUAACGUGAACAUCCUGCCGGAUUUGGAGCGGCAGCUGGAGGUGGCCACGCCGCUGAUAUCGACUACAACCACCACCAGUACCUCUGCCACGACCACGACGGCCACGUCAAAGGAGGAGAGCGAACGCUCACAGCUGGAGGAGCCGAAGACAGCCGUCAAGACGGUGGUCGAGCCGACGGUUCAUGCCAAGUGUAUAUCCACGAAACCACCCAAAAACCAACAGGCAUUUUACGGUGCAGCUCGUCUAGCCUUCGGCCAGAAUCCGGAGGUGUUGCCAACAUCCUCAACCACGUCCACAAGCACCACAACAACAACCACAACCACAACGCCAGCACCACCUGAGGAACCAAAGCCUGAGCCCGAGCCCGAGCCCGAGCCCGAAUCUGAGCCCCAAGUAGCAGCCGAAUCUCAACCUGAACCUGAACCUGAUCACGAACCCGAAUCCGAGUCUGGAGGGGAUGCGGCCGUGCCAGAUAAUAUCGAAGCAGCUGCAGCGGAAACGGAACUGACCGCCCUGACACCUCCCAAGGUGGCAGGACCCCACAGCCACGACCACGACGUCAACAAGGAGACCAUUGGGGACAUCAUCUUUGAUGUGGUGUCAUGGAAUCCGGAACGGAGGUCUAGCGCGCCGAAGAUAACGGCCAAGACGGUCCAGGGGCUACUGCACAGUCCUAAUGGACAGUACUCCUCAUUCGACAUGGCUCAGUAUAUAUUUUGGACUGGCGACGAGACGGCUGUAGUCAAGGCAGUUGAGGAACUAGUCAGUGGAAGAGUGAUCACCAGAGAGAAUGCUCUCAAGUUCUUGCAGGAUAUUCGUCUGGGCAUUGAGUUCCUGCAGCGAUCCUAUGCCAACCGCAUUUUCCCCGAGGAGGUCCGCCAGAACCAGCUGAAGCGCCACAGUCCGCCCAGCCCCACGACAUCAACAACAUCCACAACAACAACAACUACCAGUACCACGAGUACAACUACGGAGAAACCCUUCCCGGAUGUGCAUGCUGCAGAGGGGAUUGCGCCGCAGGCAGGAGCCGUGCCAGUGAAAACCUUUGAUAGCUUCAACUUCUGGAACAAGCUGAAGGAUAUGGAUAAUGAGGCGCAACAAGAACUAACCGACUAUGACGAGGGUCGGGCCAAGAUAGUUGAGUACCUGUACAACGAGUACUCCCUGGAGGAGAUCCUCUACAAGCUGGCAAAGGUGAUGUUUGCCCAGUCCCUGGCCCAUGGAUCCGAUGAGGCACAAAUGGAGUUGCAGAAGCUAACCGAGUUCCUGGAACAUGAGGGCAACCUAGGCGUUAUACCCGUUGAUUUGCAGAAAAAAGUAUUACGAGUGCUACUUAGCGCCUUGUCAGACACGUUGACCGAGCAUCCAGAACUGCUGCCGGCAGCACGGGUCAACCUGGCCAAUCCAUUUUACAGGCUUCCAAUACAUACUCCCAGCCAGUAGAGCGCGGCGUAGCGCAGCGCUUUAGCAAAUGUUAUCAGAAUAAUAUAAAUCUAUCUAUAUAUAAAUAUAUAUAUAUAAAUGUA